GGGCGGGACAUUGCGCGUGCGCAGAGGGCACUUCCUUCUCUCUCUCCCUGCGGCCUGCAGCGGUAACAAGAUGGUGAGCAACUCUCCUUUCCUUUGGUACUCGGGUUUUAUCCGCCGCCAUCCUCUCCGUCGCUCCCCUCUCCCGCACGGGAUUCGCCGGGGGUGGGAAACAUGGGGGCAGGCUAAUCCAGGCAGCCGAGCAGUGGGAGCAGUUUUGAUCAGCACCGGCGCUUGGGGAAGCCGGCUUGGAGGAAGGGGCGCUCGCUGUCUGCGGGCUGGAGGCGAGGGAGAGGGAUGGUGGUCGCGGCGGGCUGAGUUUUCUUGCUUGCGCUUUGCUGCUGCUGCGAGGCCUCGCUUGACUUGGCGCGGCGGCCAGCUGUAGAGUCUUUUCCUUCUCCUCCUCCUCCAGUUUAAAUUAAACGACGGAAAGUAGAGAGGGGUUGUCAGCUUCGUUUUAAGCAGGCGUCCCUAAACUCGGCCCUCCAGCUGUUUUGGGACUACAACUCCCAUCAUCCCUAGCUAACAGGGCCAGUGGUCAGGGAUGAUGGGAAUUGUAGUCCCAAAAUAGCUGGAGGGCCGAGUUUGGGGGUGCCUGGUCUUAAGCAGUUGCUGCAGGAGGUGGCUAAGGAAUCCCGAAAGGUCCUCUUGAAAGCUAUGCUUUGCAUGGACCUGGUAGGUCCUGACCCACCAGCUUAAGACUGAUGCUGCAAUGCAUGCUCAGGUAUUAAAAAUGAGUAUAGCACAGGAAUCAGCAGCCCUCUGCUGCCUGGUUACCUGUAAGAAAAGCUUAGCCAGUUCUUAAGUUAGGUCGGCUGAGCCUUUGCCCAUCAUCCUUGGUUACUGCUCCUUUCCUUCAUUUUGUCCUCUUUCUUGCUUUCCCCCCUUCCAAGAUCAAAGGUGCUCAGAUCUCCUGGACUGUUUCAGUGAGAGGAAAUUGUAUUGUUCCUAGGAAUAAUUAGAACAGGGUUUAUCCUCUUAAGCAUGUGUUUGAAAUGCUUUGGCAAAAAAAGGCUGCCAAGACCUUGUGGGUCUCGCCAGCCUCUGAUCCUAGAUCUGGAAUUAAAAGGCUAAAGGCCUUUCCAUCAGAACCUUUGGAAGAGGAAAGGGUCUGUAAUUUGCAUUGGGUGGGUUGAGCCUAUCUCUUACCUGUGCCCAGGGUUGCUCUAAGGCAGGUGAUGGGAAUCUGGCCCUCUGUUGGACCCUUAAAGGCCCCAGCCAGCAUUGCCAGUGGUUAGGGGUGGUGGGAAUGGUUGUCCAGCAACACCUGGAGGGCCCAAGUUUCCCUGUUCGUGCUCUAGGGUAAUUGAUUGUGGGAGCGUGCCUGAACAGGGGGAUAAUGUUUUGUGUCAUUUGUACUAAAAGGGCCGGUAUGAAAGUUAUAUUUGUGGUGUCACACAUAGCAUGUUGUUUUAACUUUAUCUGGGGAGGCCUCAGGCUGUAAAGCUAGAGGGUGAGAGCUCUGCCUACUACUAUCUGUCAGCAGUUGUUGUGAGAAUCAAAUAAGAAAACCUCAUCCUCAUAGGUUCUUGAAAAAAAGAGCAGAAUAUAAAUAUGGUUGGCAAGGGAGCUGCCCUCUCAUUCUAUGACAAAAAAAUAAUUAAAAAGAAGCAUUUACUUUGCAGAAAACACCCUCCCCAUCCCCUGGUAUUUUAUUUUGCAAUUUAUUUUAUUUUGCAAUUUAUUUUAUUUUGCAAUUACCUUUGCAAAUAAGAGACUUGUAGAACAUAGAUGACUGCUGCAGUCCAAUAGAUACUGAACUGGCAUAGUGACCAGGAUACAUAAUCCUAAAUGUGUGGGUUCCAUCCCCAUCACAUUUAGGAUUAUGUAUCCUGGUCACUAUGCCAGUUCAGUAUCUAUUACAAGUUAGUCAUUACUGCACUGGAAAUAAAUGGUUUUAACUUGGAAUUUGGGUUUUUCUGAGAUCACCAUGUCUUCUGAGUAAACAUGCCUUGAGUCAGGCUGUUAAUUGUUGUAAGUGUGGGUAUAGUUGCAAAUAACUUUGGCAGAAAUGAAAAUUUAAUGUGCUUCUUUCCCCCCCUAAUGGUAAUAGGCCAAACGAACCAAGAAGGUUGGGAUUGUGGGUAAAUAUGGUACCCGAUAUGGAGCUUCCCUGAGGAAAAUGGUGAAGAAGAUUGAAAUUAGCCAGCAUGCUAAAUAUACUUGCUCCUUCUGUGGCAAGGUAAGUGCACCAUCUGUUACUGCAGAGCUCCCAGUCCAUAAUUUCAUUUUUUCCAAAACACCGCUUAAUAGACAUAGUUUACCUUUUGCCUCUUGUGCUAACUAAACUGCUCAGGCAUAGUAUUCUUGGUAAUAAUCAACUUAAAGAGGCUUGAAAGCAACCAUCAUGUACAAUCAAAUCAUGAGAAUAGGUAUGAGGAACCUGUGGCCCUCCAGGUGUUGUAGUUUCAACAGUAUUCAGCCCGAGCUGGCAUGACCAAUGGUUAGAGAUGGUGGGUAGUUCAGCAGCACUAGAGUGCCAAAAAUGCUGUAGAUCAGUGGUUAGCUAAAUACUGUGGACCCAUUGUUUUUUAAUAAUUAAGCCAUGAGCCCCCUGCUUUUGAAAAUUUUCAUAGAAUUGUAGAGUUGAAAGGGACUCUAUACAGUAAUACCUCCAUGAACGACUGCCUCGUCUAGCGUACAUUCCGGUGAACUUCUGUGGCAAACCCGGAAUUACCGGAAUGGGUUACUUCCGGGUUUGCCACUCGCGCAUGCGCAGAAGUGCUAAAUCAUGUUUUGCGCAGACGCGGUACUUUGCCCAGUGUCCUUUUCGGCUAGCGGCCGGGGCUCCAGAACAGAUCCCGGUCGCAAAACAAGGUAUGACUAGUAGUUUUUGUUAUGUGAAUGGUGCCAGGCACCGGUUCAGCACAUCCAUGGCCUCAGCUGCUGACGAUGAAGAGAAGUAGAGCUGCAUCAUAACAACAGCAGGCUACAAAACUCUUGAGUGACCACACCACCAUUUCAAGUAGAGGUUAAAUGGGGGAUUGAUAGGACUGACCCCCUGUGGAAGCACAUAGUAAGAGAGUCCGUGGGGCUAAACCAGGGGUCGGCAAGGUUUACCUCACCUGGGCCGGUUCACUCCAGGGAGAUCCCUCCAUGGGCCGGAUUGUGCGCACGCCUGCGAUUUCCAGUGUUUGCGUCUGCACAGAUGCAAUUUCUGGUGUCUGCGUAGAUACGAUUUCCGGCAUCUGCGCAUGCGAUUUCUGGUGGCGCAGAAGCGAGUCCCCGCGCCGGUUUAGUGCAGUGUGCGGGGACUUGCUGAGUGGGCGGCUUGGUUUGGGGGCAGCUCGUGGACCGGUUAAACGACCCCUGUGGGCCGCUUGUGGCCCAUGGGCCUUAGGUUGCCCACCCCUGGGCUAAACAGUUCUCCCAAUAUGUGCUUGCUGUUUCAGAACAUGUGGCAUUUCUUAGUGUGUGGUCCUGAGCUUACAUUUGCUCAGACCUGAUUCUAUGCAAAUUCAUGUUUAAAACAUGCAGCAUUAUCACUUUUUUUUUAAAAAAAACCCCCACCAUACUCUAUGUGUUGUGUGUUUAAAGUGCUGAGUAGAUGUUGAGAUGCAUUUUGAUUGAAGUGACGUGGUAUGGUAGAUGCUGCCGUGGAAGUAAGUAGCUUUUGUGUUUUUCUUACAGACCAAAAUGAAGAGGAAAGCUGUGGGUAUCUGGCACUGUGGCUCUUGUAUGAAAACAGUAGCUGGUGGUGCCUGGACAUACAAGUAAGGGAAAUUAUAUUGGUUGAGGGGUAUGCGCGCCUGGGGGGAAUGUUCCAUUUUCAUUUGUGGUGGGUGCUGUGUGGUGUUUGGUAUGCUGGUGGAAAGUAAAUUAAGAAGAACCCUGCUGAGUCAGGCCAAGGGCCCAUCUAGUCCAGGAUUCUGCUUUUGCAGUGGUGUGGUUAACCUGAAACCUAUGAUACACUCAAAUAGGACGUGUAGAAGUGCAUUCCUGCUCUUGACUCCCAGCAGCUGGUAUUUAGAGGCAUGCUUCCUCUGAUACAGGAGAUAGUACAUAGCUGCAAUGACUAGGUAGUCUUCUCUAAUUCAUUUGUCUAAUCCCCUUGAAAAACGGUUUAUGGUUGUAUAUCAAACAUUUUCUCUUCAACUUCACAGUGAUCAGUGUUUGGGAGUGAAAGGGAAGGUAGAAGUUAUUUAAUUAGAGCAGGGAUGUCCAGCUUACAAGAGACUGCGAUCUACUCCCACUAUAACAAAAACUGGUAGUGAUCUAUCCAUUGGAUUGACAAAAGUUGGGGGGUCAGCCGCGAUUUACCACGGACCCCUGCCAUCGACCAGUAGAUCGCCGUCGACCUGUUGGGCUUCCCUGAAAUAGAGUAUUCUAACCACAUCUUCUCUAAAACCUUAACUACAUGUGGCAUUAACAAUGUGAGUAUCAAACAUGUACAAUGGAACCUCUACCUGCGACCAUAAUCCGUUCCAGAGGUCGAAAUGGGUCGCUGGGAGAGGCGCCAUUGUGCACAGGCAUGGGCUGCAGUCGCCGCUUCUGCGCAUGCGUGGACGGUGGCAAACCCGCCAGUUACUUCUGGGUUUGCCGCGGACGUUGGGCGAAAUGGAUGCAAGCGGAGGCGGAUGUAAGAGGUUUGACUGUUAUUGUUUUAAAAAGAAUACUAGAUGCAAGGGGAGGGGGCAGUCCUCCUGGUUGCUGCUUCUCGGUAGUGGCGCCUGCCCUGUGGAACACCCUCCCAUCAGAUGUCAAGGAAAUAAACAACUACAAGUAUCUGACUUCUAGAAGACAUCUGAAGGCAGCCCUGUUUAGGGAAGUUUUUAAUGUCUGAUGUUUUAUUGUAUUUUAAAUAUUUUGUUGGAAGUCACUCAGAGUGGCUGGGGAAAUCCAGCCAGAUGGGCAGAGUAUAAAUAAUAAAUUAUUAUUAUUAUCUAAAGUAAAGAAGAAAAACCCCAACAUUUUGUAUGCACUAUUAAACAUUUCAUUUAGCUGACUCUUGUUAGUUCUAAAAAAAUGUUUAAAAGCUCAUUACAGAAACUGCUAAUUGUUUGUCUCAUUUGAAAUAAUAGUGAUACUUUUUGUUUCUUCCAGCACCACUUCAGCAGUGACAGUGAAAUCUGCCAUCAGAAGACUGAAGGAGUUAAAAGACCAGUAGAAGCAUAUUUUUGUUCCACUGUUGCUCUUCCUCUACAGUUCAUGUCCUUAUUGUCAAUUAAAGGUGGUUGUGAACAUUGAACCCUGUUGGGUGUUUUGUGCAAGAACAGUCCUAUAGGCAGUGUACCUUUUUGAUCUUGCUUUUUCCCUUUCUGCACAAAAUAUCAGUUGGUUUAUGUAAGAGUAGCAAUAACGUGCUAUACAUGUGGAUUCCGAAUAAGGUCAAGUUAAAAUAGAAUGUAGACUUAUUUGCCAAGCAGUAACAUCUCAAUAAAAGUAUAAUGGAACAAAUUAAAGCAUGCAAAA